UGGCAAGAGAUCUGAUAGAUUUGCAUGUGCGGCUUAUGAGAAGAUUAAAAAAGAGUGUGCCAUACGAUCGAUGGGAAAAGUUUCUUAUAAGGGUGUGUAACAUGUACUCAGAACUCGAUGCAUGGGACCUGCAUCAGUUCGGUUAUAAAUGCUUGAAUGUCGUAACACGUCUCAGAAUUCUAAAGCAUCUGUUGGAGCUGCAGUUUGACGAGAAUGCAAAGUUCAAGCAGGAGGUUAACAAGAUGGUGGCUAGUCAGAUGCGCACCCUAUCGGUGGGUCGCGACCUCAACGGUCUCACGUACUGGUAUCAGCAGGACCCCGACUGCAACGUGCGUGUCUAUCGUGAGGAGCAGGAUGACACGGAGGAGGGUCAGAGCUGGACGAUCGUCGCCCGGGAACGCGAGGAACUGGCUAACUUGAUAUCUAAGCUGGAAUUCAACUUACAAAAUCCCACGUUAAAGGACGAGACAAGGUCGAAUACUCCAAGUGAGAUAGGGGAGCCUCAGAGAGUUCAGGAUCUUGACUCGAUCAAAUCUGAGCAGCAUGUGGACUUGAAGCAGGGAGUCCAUGAGAAUGGCAUCGACAGCAGAAGUAUCGAGGAAGUGAAGAAGGAACCAGACAAGACCCUCAGUGAUAAGAGUGGUAUCAUAGGGAAGGUAAAAUCGGAAGUAGACAGUGGAGGCUCACCGCAGCAAGAUGAAAAAUAUCUUCCGUGUGAUAAAUCAGUAGCACCGACACACGUAAAAAGUCCACACGAAGGCGACGCACAGAAUGUGUCGUCAUUAUCAAGCACUACCGAACUACAUGAGGGUGUUGUUGUGAAGAGUGAACCGCUGUGUGCAGAGUCAGGAGGGACUGAAGUCGCUAGUGAGUUGGCACCAGCCGUGACCUCUUUUGGCGAUGAGCUCAGUGCCAGACUAUCUGCUAGUGACGAGCCUGUCUCUGUGGUGGAUAAUGAGACUGAGAAGCGAGAGGCAGUGACAACAGCGACCAGCGAGAGAACUGAUAUCGUGUCUGAGGUAGGAGGCACGUCUGUAAAAGAAGCAUCAGCCGUGUGCCUUGUGCAGGGAGAUGCAGUGACUGCGACAGACGACAGUGAUGCAAACGAGAUGCGUAUAGUGGCAGCAAAGGAUCCCUGUGACAAGCAGGCAGCUGUUUGUUCGUACAAUUCUGCCGGUAAAACUCAAUCACCGUGUUCUGUUGAGGGCAACCAGCAACUGGUCGUACAUAAUCAGUCCGAGCAGGACGCUGCGAACGAAACACACGGUGAAGUAGCAUCAGAUGAUUCAGGUAAAAUAUCCAUCCAAGCUGCAGUGGAAGAUGGACCAGGUAAGCAACCUGUAAAAGCUGUAUCAGAUAUGGAACCUGGUGAAACAUGUGUCAGACCUGCAUCAGCAGAUGAAAAUAGUGAGAAGCCCAUCCAACCUGUACUGGGAGAAGGGUGUGGUGAUGAACCUGAAUCUAGUAAUAGCUUAGUCAAGUGUGAACCUGGUGACAAAGAUGUUAAACGUGACAAAAGUGUUGAUGAGAGUGACAAAGAUGACGAAACUGUUGACAAGAGUGACAAAGGUGAUGAAACUGUUGACAAGAGUGACAAAGCUGAUGAAACUGUUGACAAGCGUGACAAAGGUGAUGUGAACCAUGAUGAAACAUUUGAUAAGAGUGACAAAGAUGUUGAAAAGUGUGACAAAAUUGUUGAUGAAAGUGAAAAAUGUGUCAAAGAAAAAGACAAGGGCAUUGAUAACAUUGAAAAAGAUCUCAAGAAGAGUGACAAAGGUGACAAAGAACAUGAUGAAAAUAACAAAAAUGUUGAAUCUGGUGAUAAAAGUGAAUCAGCUCGUGAUGAGAUCAAGGAUGAUAACAAAAAUGUGGACAAAAACAGCAAAGGUGAUGCAAAUGGUGACAACGUGGAUGAAAAGAAGACUGCCGGUAAAGCCAAACCUGCCGGUACACUUGUGAAAAAGGGUAGGAAGAAGAAAACCGACUUUCUGAUGCCUCCAGAAUUGGUAGACACUCCCAUAAGGAGGAGUUUGAGGCCACGGCGGCAGCCGCCCCCACCUCCCGUAGUUGAGCAGAUUCUCGACAGUGAUGAACUCAGCGAUGAGGAACCAAAGAAGAACAAUAAGAGAAAGAACAAGGAGGAUUCAGAUGAUGAAUUCGUUCCCACCGUGUCAAAGUCCCAUCGUAGAAAACAACUAGACUCGGACAUGGAAAGCGAAGAUGAGGAGGGAGAAGUCGUAGCACCAAAGCAACGUGCAAGGACCGUGAAGAAAACUAGAGAUGAUGGAGAGAGUGACGGUGAAGCUGAGGACGACAAGCCGUGCACCCGCUGCCACGAGGGUGAUCAUCCGGAAUGGAUUCUGCUGUGCGACAGUUGUGAUGCGGGCUACCACACCGCCUGUCUACGACCACCACUCAUGGAUGUACCGGAUGGCAACUGGUACUGCCCUCCCUGUGAACACAAAAUGCUGCUAGAGAAACUACAGGAGCAGCUGCUGGACCUGGACAAUGAGUUGAAGGAGCAAGACAGGCUUCAGAAGAGACAGGAUAGACUGGACUUUGUCAACGUCAGCUUAUCUAAUGUAUUGGAGAAGAAGAGAAAGCACAAGAGACAGCGUGUAAUGGAUUCCGAUGAGGAUGACGAUGAGAACAAGGAGAACGAAGAAGAUGAAGACCAGGAGGAGGAUGGGGAGGACGAGGAAGAAGAUGAUGACGAGGAGGACUCUGAUGAAGACACGGAAUGGUUGCGACGGUCGAGACGAACUCGGCAGGAGAUCAGCUAUAAGUUUGAGGAGUUUGAUGAGCUCAUUGAGGAUGCGGUGAAGGAUGAUAUCAAGGAAGAGAGAGUUAUUCCUCCAGGGAGAAACCGUGGCAAGGACAUGACCAACAUCACAGGCCUCCCUCCAGAAGACGAGCUUCCUCCGGUGGUCGCCCGCAAGGGGCGCCACCGACGGCUAACGAACCUAGAUGCGAGCAGCGAGACCGAGGAGGAUGCAGAGGAUGAGGAGUUCAAGGUCACAAGCGAGGAGUCGAGUGAGAAAUCCGAGGAGUCUCCUUCGAUGUCGGAAGCGAGCGACGACAGCUGGGCAUGGCGGCGUCGCCGGCGGUGCCCGAAGCCUUCACGUCGCAGCACGCGAUCUGCUAAGGGCAAGCGGAAGAAGGGCUUCUAUCGCUACAAGGGUGACUGGGUUGUUGACGACGAGGACAGUGAGGCAUCGUCUGAUGACUACACCACGGUGCGGCGUAGGAAGGUCACGAAGAAUGUGCGCUACAAGGAAGACUCCGACACCAGCUCCAGUGCAAGCCUACCCGUUCACCGGCGCAUGACAGGGAAGCAGCGAGACACAGAGAGCGGUAGCUGGUCUGGCUCCGGGUCCAACAGCGACAGAGUGGGCGCGAGGGGAGUGAAGCGACAGAAGAUAAGCAGCGGUAAGCGUAAACGCAUCGUGGUCCCGCAGGCUUCUGAUGAUGAUGAUGAUGAUGAUGAUGACGACGUUGAGAACCACAGCAAUGGUGGACACGCCGCAAGCUCUAAACGGAAGCUUGAGAGCGAUUCAGACGAGAGUGGCAAUAAGUCGGGCCCCAGUAGUGCGUGCAAACGAAAGAACUAUCGUAAAGUGAUCGGUUCCGAGAGUGACGAUGACUCUGACGUCGACGAUGGAAAGGAUUCGAAGGGCAAGUCGAAAGUACGAGCUGUGAACGCGAAACGGUCGACGAGAAGGGCAAGCGGUCAUCACGUCAUCGAAUCUAGCGAUGAAAACGAUGAGGAUCCUUGCAGUCAAUCUCGUAGCUCUAAGUCAAAGACUACGAAGACCUCCAGGGUUUCACAUUCCGAGACGGAGGAGGAUUCAGAUGACUCUGGAGAGGAAGAUCCACCGACGCCUAAGAAAGACGCGAAAGUCAAAGCAACUGCUAAGCGAGGUACCUCGCGGAAAGAUGCACAAAGAAAACCAUCGAAAAAGGCCGAGACGGAGUCAAAAUAUGAAGACGAGGAAAGCAAUCAGUCAAGCGAGGCUGAUGAUGAUGAUGAUGAUGGUGAUGAAGACGAUGAUGAGGAGGAGGAAGAGGAGGAGGAGGAUGAGAAUAGUGAUGGUGAUGAGGAGGAUAAGGAAGAGGAUGAAGGGAACAAGCCUCUGUCUAGUAAAAACAAAACACAACAGCUGACACCAGCGAAGACGUCAGCCAUGGCAAAAGAAGGCACGAAAAUUAAUCCACCCAAUGUAGGAUCCCAAAAAUCUGAAGAGGAAGUGGAAGGUAGAGAGGUUCAAGCUGCUAUUGCUGUACAUGACAGUGAUGCCACAAUACCAUGCAAGUCUGUUCCGAGUCAAAGGUCCGAAAUUCAAUCGGAAUCUGGUGCAGAAGCUAAUACAGUCAGUGAGCAAAGGCAAAAGGGCAAUAAAGCAGAAACAGAGAAUGCAGAAACUGUGCAAAAGGAAGUUGAUUGUAAAACUGGUCUCGCAACAGUUGGCAUCAAUAGUGUAACUGCAGUCGAAUCUACGCCCGUGGAACUAGAUGAGCAGAGGAAACGUUCUGAAACGUUUCCUUUGAAGGAGCCGGAAAGUACAAAAGUGGAAACCGUGAAAGCGGGUAAAGCAGGCAAAAUUCGCAAGGAGGGCAAUGAUGUGACGGCCCAACCAAUGCCAACUAAAACAAGAGCCCAACAAUCAAGAGCAGCGAAAAAACGCGGCGUCCUGCCAACUUCCCCUACCCCUGACGUGACACAAGAUACCAAAACAGAAGCUGACCAGAGUGGGGAAGAUAACAAGGAAGCUGUCAGUGACCAGGACAUUGUAAGCCCACAGGUCAGCCAACCAGUGGCUAGUAAUACCUGCAGUGGAGGCAUGAAGGAGGACCAAUGCAAAGAAUCUGCCCUAAUCCCCAACAGUCAAGAUGGGAAAGAUGAGAGACUACCAGACACAGAGAAGAACCCAGUGUUGCAUGAAUUGCCUAGCAGAGAACCGGAGGAUAUCAGUCGGCACAGCGGUAGCCAACAGGAGCCAGAUGAACACACACGUGAUAAAACCUUGAGCGCGUUGGAACCACCUAACGACAUGCCAGACGGAGCACAUGUCCCGUGUAAACGCGUUACUAAGGCAGGAAAAGCUAAGCGGCAAAGACCGCCGAGGAAGCGAGGUGCUUCUAAGGCUGCUGCUGCAGCUGCAGCUGAUAGCGGAAACGACGUAAGUGAGGGCAGUAUGAAUGCACCAUUGGGAGCUUCUAGAAACGCAGCUCUAGAACCUAGAUGGAUAGAGAAUGAGUUACAGGGCAAGUCUGGGGGCGCUGACUACGAGGCAGCAGUCAGAGAUGGACGAAUGGAUGUUCAGAGCAGAGAAGAGAGCCGGGAACCAUCGCGAGACGAAACUCGAAUCGCAAAGGAUCUCGAUGAUAACGAGAGGCGUGACAGUGUCGGAAGUGACUUACAGAGUGGGGAUGAACUGGGCGCAAGGGGAGAAAAUCUCGGUGUACCCGGAACGAACAUGGAAGCAGGAGCGCGAGAAAUGUUGCCGAGAGGCGAGAAGAUUGGCGCAAAUCCACAGGGGCCUCCAGGCAGUAGCUUGGAUAGACUUCAAGCUCACAUAGAGCACGUUUUCCAACACGAGGGUCCACCGCCGCAGCUCGGACGAGAGAGCGGGUUCCCAUCUCAAGCGUAUACGCGGGCCGAACACCCUUCCAUGUACCCGUCGAAAGAAGACGGUAACGCCUUCCAGCACGUUGGCAUGGGUUCUGAGGUGGCCGGCGUCCCGCUGGGUCCCAGCGGUGCAUUCAACGGCGGCGCUAGAUACUACCCUGGUCCGAUGUUCCAGCAGAGAGGCCCUGCCCCCCACGGGCACUUCGCGCACGCCGGUGUGCCACCGUACCAAGUGUCGCACGCCGGCUCACCGUACCAGCAGGGCGCGCCACCGUAUCACGGCGCGAGCACGCCGCCAUAUCCGAACGCGUCGCACUAUUCGCCACGACCGACCGCUCCUCCGUAUCAGCACGGCGGCGGCGGCGGCGCUGCGGGCGGGGAGGCGCAAUUCCAGCGUGCAAGCCCCUCCUACCUUCAGGCGCACGCGCACCAGUACCCGCAGGCGGCGUACGGCUAUCCCCACGGCCCGCAUCCGGGAGGCCAGAUGGCGCCGAUGCGGCACCAGGCGUCGCCCACCAGGGGGCAGGCAUCGCCGCCGCAGCGAGGCUCGCCGACGCAGCAGGUGUCGCCACCGAUGCGGCAGUCGGUCAUCCAGCCAGUGCCGGUGCGAAGCAGCGGAGCCGGGUUCAUGAUCGCCAACAUCCUGAGGGACACACGCGAGACGCUCGACCCGGAGCUGAGCGGAGACGAGGCUGAACCCGAGUACCUCGAGCUCUGAGGCACGACCCACAGUCGAGACGCUCGACCCGGAGCUGAGCGGAGACGAGGCAGAACCCGAGUACCUCGAGCUGUGAGGCACGACCCACAGUCGAGACGCUUGACCCAGAGCUGAGCGGAGAUGAGGCGGAACCCGAGUAUCUUGAGCUGUGAGGCACGAGUCACGACCCACAGUUGAGAUGCGCGUCUCUGGGGCGAUACUAGGCUCGCUUAGUCGCUUUCUGCAAGAUAUCUCACCACGUACUUUGACGGCGCGAUGGAGGACUGUAGGUGAGGCCAUAACAUACAUGCGCACAUUUUAGGCGUUCGUAGAGUGCUGAAGGUAUUCACCUCUACACGAUAUAUCGCGUUCUGAAUCAUGUUUAAAUAGCUAUAUGAAAUAAGAAGGGAGGUUUUAUGCAUACGUUGUACAUGUUGCGGGGACAUGCACUCGUGAGAUUCACGUGAACGCAGGUGGUAUCUGCUAUAAGAUAGAUAGAUGGAGGAGGAGCCACACAUGAUAAUACGAGGUGUUGCGAGGUGCUGCUACGUGAGUUUUGUACCUGUCCAAAUGUAAAUAGUCCUAAAAUUGUAAUUAUUAUAUCGUGAUGUUUCUGUUCAUUACAUCGUCCCUCGCUUUGUGUUUAUUACCUCGAACGUGAUUGUGUGUGCAUGUAUCCGUGUUCGUUGUGCUGGUGGUUUUACGAUACUAGAUUCAAUUAUGCGAAUGAGAUAUAUCCAUGUGUAACAUAUUUAUAAGAUAUAUACGCACUCACGCACCCACGCUCUCUCUCACACACACACAAACAUUACGAACGUUGUCUACGAUUAGCAAUCGUGACGAUAUUAUUGAAUUAAAAUGCACCAGUAUUUUCUAUCAUAUGACAAUUAAAGCCAUUUAACUGUAAUCUACUUACAGAUCCAUGAUGAAACGAAGUACAAUAGUGUACGUAAUGCUUAAAAAUAUGGCAUCUUUUCAAGGCUAGAUUUAAUGUAAUUACGGUGCUGUGUACUACAUGUGUAGUUGCGUGGAGAUUAGGUUGAUCUCUCUGCUUGUUAGCGGCUGACCAUGACUACAUAUUACUAGCCCGACAUAUAGUCGAGCAAAGAUACGUACUGCAACCGACAUGAUUGACCUUGAAAGUUACUAGACAAAAAUCCUAAUUACAUCCGAAUAUCUUAUAUCGGUCAUUAAUUAUUUUUACCACGACGAUGAUUUUGUUUCCUGAUCAUGUAAUUGGCGGUUGUGAUAAGAUUCGUGUGGCUAUUGGUCAGGCUAAUGUUGUGAUGUUUUUUGUUCAUUUACGUAAUUCCAUUAUAAAUGGAUGCAUUAAUUAGUCGUUUCAAAGCAUAUAUUUUCGUAGAAAUACUUCAUAUUUCAUGUAGAUAAAAAUGAUAGUUUUACAGUAUAGGUACUGUAUCGUUCACGGGCUGUUAGAAAUGUGCAACCAAUAUAAUAGGAAUCAUGCGCAGCACCAUAACGACUGGAAGUGACGCUGCAGGACAGAUUAUAUUUUAGAUCAUUCUGAUUUGAAUUUCUCUUGAUUUUGGCCUGAAUAUUAUGUACGUACAGGAUAUUUAUGAUGAAUAAAAUACUAUGUGUAUUUGUAA